CCGAAAUUCAACUUUCGAUUUAAUAAAUUAAAUUCACAUUCCCCAAAAAUCAUACAUUUUCGCAUAGAUGUGCAACGAUCUAAGUCGAGCAAUUUAAUACACCAUUACUUCUGAUUACUUAUCAUAUAUAAAACUAUUGACGAGUAUGACUCAGCAACUACUGGCAGUUCCGGCAAAACUAAAUGCCCUAUCAUUGAAAUUGGGCUACGAUGCAGAUAUUCAGAAAAAUAUCAACGGGAUUUCGGCAAAAACUACUGCUGCUGCAAACUCCUUUAUAGCAACCAUGACUAACGAAGGAAGUCAGGUUUUAGUCAAUAAAUCGUUGUUGAUGACGUCAUUGUCUCCAAGUGACGUCAAAAUCGCAAAUAUGAAGAGUUCUUUGAACGCUGCAACACUAGCGCUGCAAGCAAAUAAGCAGCAGGUCAUCAGUCUUCAGACAGAUAUUCAUAGCAACGUCGAAUCAUUUAGAGGACGGAAGACAGCGCACGAAUCAGAACUGUCCACCAAGCGCUCAAGAAUAUCAACCAUUCGCUCUGAAAUAGAAAGUCUAGAAUCCAGCAUACAGGCUCAUGACAAAGAGGCUUCUGAGGUAGAAAAUGGAGCAGCAGAAUUAGACAAAAGGGCUUGUGAUAUCAGGCAUGCUGCCAGGAGGAAACGAAAGAGAGCUGGAAUUGGGGGAAUUGUUGGCGUGGUGUUAGCGCCAUUUACAGGUGGAGCCAGCCUAGCACUAGCUGGCAUUCACGCAGGGAUCAACAUCAAUGAUGCUGAUGAUUGCGAUAGAAAUGCUAGACGUCUCCGGGAUGAAGCAGCAACUAAGAGAAACCAGGUCCAAACACUACGGUCGAAGAAAGCCACUCUUGAUGGCCAAAAAGCAUCACUAGAAUCUGAAAUCGCAACAUUGCAGAACAGCACAGAUAACCUAAAUGAAGCAUCACAUGUUCUGAAGGAAGUGACUGAUUUCCUCCGUGGGUCAAUAGAUGAUAUUGAUAAUGUCCUGACCGUUUUCCAGAGCAUGGACACUGCAAUGGCUGAAGCUUCACUACAGACCGAUUCAUUUAAGAUUAUCCAGAACGCAUUUGCGCAACAACCAGAUAAACUUGGCUCUCGUGCACAAGUUUACCUGGAUAAACUUAAGGGAAAAUGGACACAACUUGAGACUGUUCUUUUGCAACAUGGCGCCCUAAGCAUUUCAUAUUAGACUUGCAAAAAGUUGGAGGAUAUUUUGUUAAACUACGAGAUCAUGUCUUCAAACCUUUGAAGCGUUAUGCUAUCUUAUAAGAUAACGUGAAAGUUUUUUUUUUCAUGCUAAUUAAACUGCAAGAUCAUAUGGUGAAAUUUUUUAUGUAUGUCAUGUUAGACUACAAGAUCAUGUGAUGAAAAAUUCGAAGCAUAGCAUAUUAGACUACAAGAUCAUAUGAUGACAAAGACCAUGUGAUGACAAUUUUGAAAAGCAUAUAAUGUUAGACUACAAGAUCUUGAGAUAACAACUUUGAAAAACAUAUAAUGUUAGAAAACAAGAUCUUGAGAUGACAAUUUUGAAAAACAUAUUAUGUUAGACUACAAGAUCAUGUGAUGCCAAUUUUGAAAAAAAAACAUAUAAUAAAUGAAUUAAACACUUACCGCGAACAGUCAACGUGUUAUAUUGUUGGGGCUAUUAUUACAAAUACACAAACUUUGAUUGACAACAAGUGUCAAGUUCUUCAGUCUUUCAGAUCUGCAGUGAAUGAAUAACCUUUAUGAAUGAUAAACUGUAUUUACUUCAUACAGUUUUGCAUCUAAUGGAUUUUGUGACGCUGACAACCUAAGACGAAUAUUAGCAGCAUGAAGCCAUUUUGUCUUGUUUGCAUAUAAAGUAUCCACAAACCGUUUCUAUCAUCGUGAAUUCAUAUAAUUAAUAUAUUUUGAUAUGAUUAGUGUCACAGGCUGUGGUGCUUUUUUCGCUCCUUGGUCUAAAGGUGCAACUGACUAUGUUUGCCCUUAACUCUUGCAACGAUAAAGUGAAAAGGAAAUCAAGCACUAGUACAAGUACAAAGACCAUCAAAUCGUCCCAUAAAAACAUUCAAAUUAUAAAGACAAUAUUUUAAGAAUCGCAUGUUCUAGUUCUUUGUAAAGCUAAUACCAUGUUUUUCAUCUUUUAUUUUCAAAAUAAUACGUGUUUUCGUCUUUAGGUAGAAAUUUAUAAUUCAAUUGGUAAGAGUGCCAAGUGGAUAGAGAGCACGUAGAAGUAUAAGGAGGAAUAAUAAUCACCUUAUUUACAUUUGGUAUUAUAUAUUUGAUAACUGAAGUACCACCUG